AUGACUAUCCUUCCUUGCGUGCGUCCGACCGACCGACCUACCGACGGUGUUGCUGGUUAUGUGUUGACAACACUGGACGCCGGUGGAUCACGUGUCAGCGUCGUCAACAAAUCCUUCUCAAGUUUAUUGAUGAUGGCAGUUUACACUUUCAUUGCCCUAAUAUCAAUACUGGUAGAAGCAACUUUCGGACAACAAAACGCAUCGGAGAUCACGUUAGCUUAUCGGCGAUUAUACUCGGACUUAUUCGAUAGGUACAACUCAAUGUUGCCAUCUGUUUUCACGAAGCGCUUUCUAUUGGAAUCGCUGACCAAACCUCGAUGGGAAUCCAAUAAUGGUCGUUUUGGACUUAUACCAAAAACUCACUGUGCUAUCGAAAUCAUAAUGAUGACAAUCAUAGAUGUGAGGUGGACCGACCCACGCCUCACAUGGAAUCCGGCAGAUUACGCUGGUCUUAGCCACAUCACUGCACCCACGCAUAAAGUCUGGACCCCAGCAGUAUUCGCUGCGAAUAUAAUGCAAUCAGAACCAGUGGCUGACCAGGAUACGUUUCCGGACAAUCUGAUCAUCAGUUCGAAUGGUGAUAUCCUGCGUGUAUUUUCGCUCUCGGUGUUGUUUACUUGUACUAUUCAGAGCAGCCGUUUUCCUUUUGAUACACAGCAGUGUUACUUAGAUUUCGCGGAGUAUAUCAUGGACCCAUCAGAAACGGAUCUGUCGCUAACGAUUAUCAAAGACGCAAUAUUCAACGCCUCGAUGAUAUUCGAAAUGCAUCGAUUAUCAACCUACUACGUGACAUUAAUGAUCAUUCCAAUUCAACUAAUCACCAAUAUUUCCGUGUUCGCUCUAUUUUGGAUAUCGGAUGCUGGAUUUAUUGAUCAGACCGUAGUCACCUUGUCGUCGCUCACGUCACUUCUCGUGUUGACCGACAUUCUAGACAGUUCGGUGCCAAAAACCAGUGAAAUUCCGAAUGCAGGACGGGACGAUAUUGACUCUGAAAUUGACAUUUUCAGCCAAACAUAUUUGGUGGAACAUAGCUGUCAUGACGAUUGCACUGUGUGA